AUGUUCAAGUCUUUAGGUCGACCCAAUGCUGGUCCCAUUGGGGCACGGAAUACUCGACCUGACUAUAAACAAGCAAGAGAAUGGGAAGAGAAUCGUUUCAAAGAGAUCAGUAUAUCCCCAAUCUAUCUCCACCAACCUACAUUUGCAGGCAUCAGUGGGACUAUAAACGGAGAUGUAAAUAAUGGAACCUUUAAUGAACAUUCUGAAAGAAUUAUUUCAAAAAGAAACCUGAAAGAGCAUGGAGAUGAAGAACGUAAUGAUGAAUGUGGUGAUGACGAAUGUGGUAAUGAUGAAUGUGAUGAUAAUGAAAUACAUGUUUCUCUAUUUGCUUUUUGGCUUGAAUCU